AUGGGGUCGCCCAUGCAGAUCGUCGAGGUGGGCACCCUGCGCACCCGGGACAACGACGAGAGCGCCUUCCUGGGCAGCUCCACCGGCGUCUACUUCGUCAACACCGUCCGCCACGCCUUCAAUGCCUCCAAGGACCCCGGCGCCCACGGCUCCGACCCCGACCAGGAGGGGCCCAAUCCGCUCGAGGACUUCCUGCUCGAUGAGGACGACGAUGCCGACGACCGCCCCGCCUCGCCCUCGCACCUGCCUCCCUACCAUGCCUCCACCACCUGUAUCCCCCGCGGUCCUUCGUACGAUGCCGCUCCUCCUGGCAUUGGCCGCGCUCCCGACCCGCAGACCUCUAGGAAGCUGCUAGUCCUGUACUUCAAGCUCUGGCACCCGCUGUUUCCCUUUGUCCACGGGCCUUCGUUCGUCAGAGACAUCGAAUGCCUCUACGACCCCUCCAAGCCCGCUCCUCCUCCGCCUCCCAGCGAGCCCGAUCGCCACAGGUGCUGUCAGGCCAUCAUUGCCCAGUGCAUCUUCAAUGUCGCUCAGGCUGGAAUGGUCAAAGACUACCUCCCACGCCACUCGCGCAUCGAAUCUUCCCAAAGCUUGAUCUUCUCUCUGAGUUCCCUGGCCACCAAACAGGACCUGCACAGCCUGCAAGCCCUGUUCGCUGCACAGCUGUACUUUGUCUGCGCUGGAUCCUUCAGGUCCGCUUCUGCCGUCGGUGGAAUGCUCAACAAAUCCCUGUUCCACGCCGGUCUCCACAGAUGUCCGAAUCGCUACUCCCAGCUCUCAGAAGCUGACAGAGACAUGCGAAAACGCAUCUUUUGGAGCGCAUACAUCCUGGAUCGCUACCUGAGUCAAGGCCUUGGCAUCCCUCUCGGCUUCCAGGAUUCAGACAUCGAUGUUUGCUUGCCGGGAAAGGAGAACCACAAGCCUCCUUCACUGAGGUCUUACUCAUCCAACGCCUCAGAUGGCCUCUCGCGCGAGCAGUCUACUUCGUCGGGCAUGUCUUCGAACUCUCCUCAUGAACGGCCGCCUUCCAAGCAUGAGGGCUGUAGGAGUGAUCGCGCUAGCUACGCCAGCCCAGCAACGCGAAGUGACACGCCAGGCAAUCCCCACGAUCCCGUCCACAAAGAUGUUGUUCUCGUAGGCUUAGUCGGCUAUAGUCAACUCACCGGUCGUGCCAUCGAGCUGUUCCACAAAUCCAUUCACGUUCGUUCAGUCGAUCAUUCCAAAAUCCUCUACAUCACUGCCGACAUUCACAGCUGGUAUAACUCGCUGCCUAUGAAGCUCACUUCCGCAGAAUCCGUCGUCUUUCCUCGUGGAGAGCCUUCGGACGAGUCCGUGCCCAGCUUUGUCCCCUUGUUUACAGUGCUUUACCAGCAGCUGCUGCUCCUUGUCAAUAGGCCUUGUCUAUCCCUACCACCGAGAUCACCCGAGUUCCUUGCAAGUAUGCAGGCGUGCAUCGGAGCAAGUAGGACAGUCAUCGGCGCGUUGGAAAUGCAGUUGCAAUUGCGACAGCCUUUCUUCCUCCCUGAAUUGCUCUCAGCGGGUUGGAUGGCAGGCCUUAUUUUGGUAUUUGCCUGCCAACUUCAAUUCUACCCCGUAGAAAAAGGCUUCAAGGAGAUUGCUCAAUGCCUCCGACUCCUUCGUCUGAUGAAAGAUCACUGGAAGAGUGCUAUGACAUACUGCCAGACGUUGACAAGACUCUUUUCCGAGCUCAAGCACAGUCACGAUGCCAAAAUCCAUCCAAAUCCGGGAAAGCGGUCGGGAUCGGACGACUUGGAUCACAUCAAGCGCGCUCGACACACGCAACCUCACGGUCAACCACGUCCCCAGCCACCUCAUGGCAUUCCAAGCAACCGAAACCCCAGCAGUAUGCCAGAUAUUGCUGCAAAAAUGCACCUGAGCCACUCUCAUCACUCAUCAGAUGGAUCCCAGCGUUCAAAUUCUCAAGGAUCGACCCCUCAGCAGCGGUUUGCCCAGCCCUUCUCCGCUAGCCACUUCAUCUUCACACCUCCUGGCGUUGAACCACAAAACUUUUCGACCGACAGCAUCUUCGGCGAUCCAGAAUACACUGGAUUCUCGGAUGCUCAAGUUGCGGACCCUCUUCUCGAUGAUCCUGCUGUCAAUGAAAUGGAUCUAUUCGGCUCGGUCGCCUGGGGAACACUAAACGGUGACUUCUCAUACAACGGAUUCACUGCAUGA